AUGUUCACGGUCGCCAAGCACGACGGCCGCCUCGCGUUCGUCGACCGGGGCGGCUACCAGUCGCGCAACGCGAGCACCCGCUGGUGCAUCGAGGAGGCGGACCGCCUCCACGACUUCGGCGACUUCGACGCCGUCGAGGUCUGGACCGGCGACUGCGAGGCGUCGGCGUCGGGCUACUGCUACAGCCACGUGCAGAGCUUCGCCAACACGGUGCCCGACUUCAACUUCCACCGCUGGGCCGAGGCGGGCGUCGACGACUACGAGGCCACGUGCGCCGCGCUCGCGGCCGCGGGCGAAAAACCGGCGGCGACGGACCGCGCGGGCUGGAUCGGCGCGCUGAGCCACGGGUCAAGAAAGACUCUGCACGACCUUCGCGACCCGGCGCUCCUCGACGUGACGCUGAUGGAGUGGCGGCCCGCGGCGCCGGGAGCGACGCGGCUGCCCGCGUCGGCCUUCGUGAGCCUGCCGGACCUCGCGGCCAGAUACGCCUACCUCGUCGACGUCGAGGGCAGCGGCUACUCGGGGCGCCUGAAGUACCUGCUCCACAGCGGGCGGCCGGUCUUGCUCGCGGACCGGCCCCAUCUCGAGUUCUUCUACGAGCACCUCCGCGCCUGGGACCACUACGUGCCCGUGCGCCGCGACCUCGGCGACCUCCACGAGAAGAUCCGCUGGCUCCAGGCCCACCCGGCCGAGGCCGCGGCCAUCGCGCGGCGCGCGUCGUCGUUCGCGGCGCAGCACCUCACGCGCGGCGCCGCGGCGCGGCGCUGGCGCGACGUGCUCGCGCCCCACGUCGCCCGGCGCGCCGAGCGGCGGCGGAGCGUGCGCUGCGCCGCGGAGGAGGCCUGCGACGUCGUCUACCGCGCGCCGGACGGCAGCGGCACCGUGAAGCUCGCGACGCUCCGCGCGGGCGAAGCGGUGACCGUCGACGCGCUCCCGGGCCACGCGCUGCACGUCGGGGAGCGCGUAAUUCGGACGUAG